UUGUAUCAUUACAAAUAACAUAAACAAUACCAACCCAUUGGUCAUGGCCACCACUCUCACCGAUCUCCACCCACCCAUAACCAUGGCCACCACUCUCACCGAUCUCCACCCGGACAUCAUCCACACCCACAUCCUCCCCCGCCUCGACGGCCCAUCGCUUUCCGCCACCGCCACGGCCUCCUCCUCCCUCAAAUCCCUCUGCUCCGACGACACUCUCUGGUUUCCGAUCUCUCAAUCCACCUUCCCCUCAACCACCCACCCCCACGUCAACUCCGUCAUCUCCACCUUCCCCUCCGGCCACCGCUCUUUCUUCCUCGACUCCUUCCCCACCAUCACCACCGACCUCACCCACCGCAACCCCCGCCGCUCCUGGUCCCACACCAAAUAUGAUCACCCAUCUUGCAAUCUCCACCCUUCAUCUCACUCCUCCCCAUCUCAACUCAUCUCCACCGUCGAUAUUUGUUACCAAAACGACGUCAUUUUCUCCAAACCAAUGUUCACCGAUAUCACCUCUCAUUUCCUAUCUUCCGGUUUCCUCACCGAACUAUCCGAAGACAACCCGACCCGUACCCGACUUGACCCGACCCGGAUUCAAAAUGACCCGACCCGUAUCCGACCCGGAGCUGGAACCGGGUCCGACCCGUUUAGAAUCGCCCGACCCAUUGACUUGACGGUCGACGAAAUAGCCGGAGCGGACGCGGCAACACUGAGACACCUAAAAGAAUCGGUUAAACUAAACUGGAUCAUAAUCGACCCGACCCGGAAGCGGGCGUGUAACCUCUCAAGCAUUAAAGCGGUUAGUGCGAGGCAAGACUGGGUGACAAACGAGAGUAUUAUCCGAUACGCGACGGUUUUACCCGGGUGUGACCCGGAUGAGAUAGUUCGGUGUAGGAUACAAGUGGUGUUGGGGGUGGGUGAAAAGGGGGUGGGGUUGUAUGUGAAGGAGGUGGUGAUGAAAGUGCAGGAUAUGGAUGGUGUGUGUGUGAAUGGGGUGGAGUUUUUGAAGAUUGUUGAAGGGGUUAUGAUGGAGGUUAAUGGUGUUAGAAGAAAAGUUGGGGAUGAUGAAGAAAGGUUGAGGUGUUGUCGGGUGUUUAAGGAGUUGAAGAGGGAGAAAAAAGAGUGGGAAAAGAUGAAGGAAGAAAAGAAGGAGAUGGUUAUUUGGUUAAACUAUGUUGCUAUUUUUGUUUCUUUUUGCUUUUGUGUUUAUUUUCUUUUAUUGUUGUUGAAAAAUUGUAAGACCUGAGAUCAUGGUAGAUUAGGAUUUUGUAGACUGCAACUUGCAUUGUAGCUUGGAUUUUGUCGGUAAUUUUCUUACAAGUUGUAGCUUGGAUUUUGUCGGUAAGAGCAGAGACUACCACUUGCAUUUC